AUGACUCGUACUUCUGUCCUGGCUGAUGCUUUGAAGGCUAUUAUUAACGCGGAGAAGACUGGUAAACGCCAGGUUAUGAUCAGACCUUCUUCGAAAGUUAUCAUCAAAUUCCUACAGGUAAUGCAAAGACAUGGUUACAUUGGUGAAUUUGAAUACAUCGACGACCACAGAUCUGGUAAGGUGGUCAUUCAACUCAAUGGUAGGAUCAACAAAUGUGGUGUGAUCUCUCCUAGGUUUAAUGUCAAAAUCGGCGACAUCGAGAAGUGGACUGAGAACUUAUUGCCAGCCAGACAGUUUGGUUACGUUAUCUUGACUACAUCAGCUGGUAUCAUGGACCAUGAAGAGGCCAGAAGGAAGCACGUAUCUGGCAAGAUCUUGGGAUUUGUGUAUUAA